AUCAACUUUUUCAGAUUUUGAGGCGUGCGCUGUGUUGAUUCUUCUCCAAAAUUGAGAGUGAAGGUGAAUCUGAACGUCCUCUCCGCAUAAUGGUGCUUUCCAGAACCAGCAAUGAAUUUUACGAAGCUUUCUGGUGAUUAGGGCUUUAAAUGUUCAGCAAUUUAUGUGAGGGAGAAUGGAUUAUGCGUGCGCGCGCUCCCAUCAGCAUGACAAGAAUCGAGUUGAGAGCGCGCGCGACAGACAAAUGACAACUUUGGUCAUGUUGUUUUUUGUUGCGCUUCUUCCAUAUGCGCUCACAGCACACUUGGCUGUCAUAAACCCCCAGGACCCAGUGCUUCACAUCGGGUCGAGCUUGACUGUGGUGUGCACCAUUAGUGCCGAGCUGGAAAUAACAGCUAGAUCCUUGUACUGGACGCUGAAUGGAAGACGCUUGGCUAGAAACACUUAUAGGGUCCUGAGCCAGACCGAAUCCAGCGUCACACUUCAUCAACUCAAUGGCUCCUUGCAGCGGUCAGGAGACAAUCUGGUUUGCCACAGAAGUAACGGAGAAGUGUUGGCAGGAUCGUGUCUUUAUGUCGGCUUGCCCCCUGAGAAACCUGUCAACCUGACAUGUUGGUCACGAAACACCAAGGAUCUCAGCUGCAGAUGGAGUCCGGGUAGUCAAGGAGAGACGUUCAUCAACACUAAAUACAUCCUCAAGUACAAACUAAAAUGGUACGGUAAAGAGAAAGACUGUGAGGACUACACGGGACAGCCGUAUACAUGCUACGUUCCUCGAGACCUUGCCAUUUUUACACCAUAUGAAGUCUGGGUGGAGGCAUCCAAUCAGCUUGGCUCUUCCACUUCUGAUGUCAUCACUUUAGACAUUUUAGAUGUAGUAACCACAGAUCCGCCUCCUGAUGUCCUUGUGAGCCGCGUUGGAGAUCUGGAAGAUCAGUUAAGUGUACAUUGGGGCAGUCCUCCCGCCCUGAAAGACUACCUGUUUCAGGCCAAGUAUCAGAUACGAUACCGUGUGGAGGACAGCGAUGAAUGGAAGGUCAUAGAUGAUGCUGGGAACCAGACGUCUUGUCGGUUAGUGGGUCUCAGGGCCGGUACAGUGUAUUUCGUCCAGGUACGCUGCAACCCGAUAGGCGUCUACGGCUCGAAGAAAGCAGGUAUUUGGAGCGACUGGAGCCACUCGACUGCCGCAUCGACACCUGGCAUCGACAGGUCACAUAUUGGCUCAUGCGAUUCAAAGCCAAGCGAGCACAACUCAACGCUACGAAAGGAGCUCAAGCAGUUUUUCGGCUGGAUGCGCAAACACUCUUACGGCUGUACGGACGUAAGCAUCAAACUCUACGACCAAUGGCGCGUCUGGCUACAGAAAGCCCAGAAAACACAUGACCAGGUACUACAAAGUGGUAAAUCAUAGUGAAACUCUAAAGAAGAGCUUGGGAGAGUUUGCGGGGGCCUGGGACGACAAGGUUUUUAUCACUCUCCAGUGCUUGGGACUCUCAUUUGGAUGAGCCAAGAUUCUCCGAAGGAAUCCGCAAGGAGCCUGUCAUUUGGCGACAUGAUCUACUGUUUGCCUCCUGCUGUAGUCCCCAUCAGAUACGUCAAAGGAAGUGCUUUUGUCUCAGACAUGGUAUUUAUAAAAUGAAGAAAACUUCAAAUUACGAUAAAGCAUAAAAUGUUUCAAAUAGUGGAAGACUUUCUCAUUCUUAUUGACGUUUCAUUCAAACAAAAGGACCUUUGCAAAUGACAAGAACUGACAGAUUUGAACUAAAUGUAACAAAUUUGUAAGCAACAACAUCAAAAAAGAGCAUUUAAAUAUUGUUGAAUAAAUGACGACAAACUUUUCAUGUCAUUUUUAGUGUGCUGUCCCUUUAAUUGGUACAAAGUUUAAACAAUGUAAUUAGUAUUGGAAAUGCAAUUGUUUGUCCUCUGUGUUCCAAAACGUCAUGUAAAUACUGUAUCAUUAUGUAUAAAUAUUUUUGUCUGUAUAAAUGUCUUCAAAAUAUUUAAGGAAUGAUCAUGUAUUUUGUAACACAUUUAGCGUUUUCUGAAUAUUAUUAUGCACACAAUAAUGAACAUUGUGUUGGUUUAGCAAACAAAACGUCAUAAGCUAUUCUCAAUGUAUGCAAACUAAUGGAAUAAAAGAUGCCCAAGCCUG